GACCAUCUUCCAAGCUUGUGAAUGAACCCAGCUCUGUUAGAAUGAUUAAAACAUGUCCUCAAAGAGAUGUUUUGUCUUAAAUUCUCCUUCACAUUGCUAAGGUACCAGAUGAGGCGAUUGAAUGAUUGAUAGAUAACUAAACAGUCCCAGCCUAAGCCAUCUGAAAUGGCAUUUUCCCCAAGAAUAUUAGAAUUCCACAUGUACCACAUCGGUAGCUCCAUUGGCAGUGUAGUCUGGUACAGAGAGUGAGAGGGUAGACGAUAAAGGGUAGGGUAGAGGUAAUGCUGAAGGAUGCUUACUUGGAUAGAGUCAAUAAGUGAUUAAGAGGACUCAUGGCCUAGGUGUGCGACUUCCGUUGCACACUAAGGAAGGUACUACUUAGCCUAAGGUCUCCCCCAUUGGAGGAGGGCCUACAUCAUCGUUUGGCAGUGCAGGCCUGCCCUUGCGAGGCUCAUUCCCAAUCCCAUCUAGUUCUAGAAUCUAACAUUCUAAUUUGGUACCAAUGUUUAAACCUUUCAUGCAGUUUUAGUUAACCUGCAGUUACAUUGUCAAUACAGAGAUAAUUUAAUGUCAUCACAGGCUCUAUAAAGAUAAACUCAUAUAGUAAUCAUGUUGGUAUCCCAUAGAGCGAGGUCUUAAACUCACCAAAUAAGUUUGAUCUAAUACUUAUCUCAAGAUUUACUUUUCUUGAUAAAUAAUCUAGAUUAAUUACCUACACGAAAUUAGUAAAACAUAUUGAUCCACAACUGCAGGUAUGGUUUGCUCUUAUUUUUCCAAAGUGGAAAGUUUUGGAAUUCUAAAAAAAUUGAAAGUUUACAAGAACUAACAAUUAUAUAUAUCUUACGUAGUUUUUUUGCCUAAAAUAGUUUUCUGUGUCUUUGAUGAGUAAUGUGCCAACUGUUACAUGAAUUGACUUUUGACACAAACAACUGGAAAGCAACACAUUAGACUCUUGAGACCCAUCACGAGAUUGCAUGCAUGAGACGCCUGUGAAUAUAGCCGCAGCUAAAAAGAAGUAAAAUUAAGAGAGUGAGAGAUAAGAAUUAAAAAUAGAAACCAACUGUCACAAAUCUAUCAGCACAUGAAACCAAUUAUAGAAACCAACCAACCAACCAAUCACACUUGUUCAGUAUAUAAACUGUCAACUCCACUCAAACCCCAUUCAAACUCAUUCUUCUUAAGAUCCAUUGACAGUAUUUCAAUAUUUUUCAGUUUAAUGGGUAUUCUCCGUUUUAUGUUGCUGGUUAGUUUGGGUUUGGCUUUGUUCGGUUUGAAAACGACCGUGUCACAGCCACAACAGGCACAAGUCCCUUGCUUUUUCAUUUUCGGUGACUCCUUAGUCGAUAAUGGAAACAACAACAGGUUGAUUUCGCUUGCGAGGGCUAAUUACCGACCUUAUGGAAUUGACUUUCCCCAAGGUUCAACCGGACGGUUCACCAACGGUCGCACCUACGUUGAUGCACUAGCUCAAAUUUUUGGAUUUCGGACUUACAUUCCACCGUAUUCUAGGAUUCGUGGCCAGGCUUUGCUAAGAGGUGCAAAUUUCGCAUCUGGUGCAGCUGGCAUUAGAGAUGAGACCGGUGACAACUUGGGUGCACAUACUUCUAUGAACCAGCAGGUAGAGCUGUACACGAGCGCAGUUGAGCAGAUGCUUAGAUACUUCAGAGGAAACACAAAUGAGCUGCAAAGAUACUUAAGCCGUUGUAUCUUUUAUACCGGAAUGGGAAGUAACGAUUAUCUCAACAAUUACUUCAUGCCUGACUUCUACUCAACCAGUACCACUUUCAACGACAAAACCUUUGCAGAUUCCCUCAUUAAAGACUACACACAACAGCUCACCCGAUUGUACCAAUUUGGAGCUCGGAAAGUGGUUGUGACUGGAGUGGGACAGAUCGGUUGCAUACCUUACCAGCUGGCCCGCUACAAUAAUCGUAACAACAGUUCCGGAAGAUGCAAUGAAAAGAUCAACAAUGCAAUUGUGUUGUUCAACUCUCAAGUCAAGAACCUAGUGGACCGUUUCAACAAAGGUCAGUUGAAAGGAGCCAAGUUCGUUUACCUUGAUUCUUACAAGAGUACCUAUGAUCUCGCUGCCAAUGGAGCCGCUUACGGAUUUGAGGUUGUGGACAAAGGUUGUUGUGGGGUGGGAAGGAACAAUGGUCAAAUAACGUGUCUGCCGCUGCAGACCCCGUGCCCUGACCGAACCAAGUAUCUCUUUUGGGAUGCGUUUCAUCCAACAGAGACUGCUAACAUAUUGCUUGCAAAAUCUAAUUUCAACUCCCGUGCUUACUCUUACCCCAUGAGCAUUCAAGAACUAGCCAAUCUUUGAAGAGAAGGAGAUUGUUCUCCCAGACGAAUGCAUAUAUGUCAUGUAACAUGGCUAUUUAUAAUGUAUUUCUUUUUCCUUUAUGUUAAUUUAUGUUUCUUUGAAAUAACUAUCGUUUCUUUGUUUCUGUAUUGUUCCUCUCACUUACUCUCAACUAUGAGAGAAAAUAUGAGAAAGUGCUCGCGUUGAUUGAAAAAAUUGCAUUUACGGUUCUGUCCCAUUGGAACA